UCGAAACCGUUCGACAUCGUGAUCGCUGCGUGUUGCUCUUCCUCGUCCCCCGUGUCGCCACAUGGGCGGUGUCGCUGCGUGUUCGCUGCCAUGUUGGCCUUGUGGCUACUUCUGGCGCUGGGCGCCAUCCACUGCUCUGCCAUCCCAAAGAGGAUUUGGUCCUUUUGGCACGACAGCGAGUCAGUGCCAAAGCUGGUGCGCCUGGCGAUGGCCACCUGGCACCACUUUGCGCCCGACUAUGAGGUGACGAUGCUGGACCUGCGGAGCUUUGCGGCCCAUCUGGAGAGUGCCCAACGCUUGGGCCCGGAGGACUUCUCCAACAUGGUCUUCUUUGCCGAUUGGCUGCGACUAGCUUUACUGGAAUCCCAUGGUGGUGUAUGGCUGGACGCCACGCUGCUGCUGACGGCUCCGCUGCACUUCUUGGUCAACGACUCGGCCAGGCUCAGUGGUGUACAGCUGGAGGCCUCGUUGUUUGAGACGUUCUUGAUCGCGGUGUCUUCACCGCAUGAUGUCUUUAUCCAGCGCUGGAAGGACACUUUGAGAGAGAUCUUCUCCCUCAGUGAGAGCAGCUACGACCAGCACCUGACCCAGCUCCGCGGGCGUGGCAUCGAGCCGCUCAACGGAGCCAUGGCCAACUGUGACUGGAGCCAUGCCUCGCCAAUCCACUCGGCCGCCCACGCCCUCCUGCAUCUCUUCGCCAGGGCCGUGAACUCCCUCGCGGCCUUCACCCACUACUACUUGCAUCCCUGCGGGCAAAGAUACUGGAUGCACUAUCUGAAGACCAAUGUGGUGUUCAACUCCAUCAUUGGAACCCACGGCGGAAAUGUCUUGGAGCUCUACAAGAAAUGGGGCUUCUUGCCAGUCGCGGGUCCAUUUCUGGCCCCAUGCAUAUACCAGGCACAUCGCCAGUGUCGAGGAUCGGUAUGUGAGGUAUUCCAUGGGACACGAAGAAAGGCCCGGGCAAUAGAUUCGACUAUGUUCUACUUCCAUGUUUUUCAAAUCAAGCCCCCUGCAAGAAGUUUUUUGAUGUCACAUGUCGCAGCAAGAGCAGCCAAGAGGUGCAAAGACACAAGUUGUUGGCGGUUCUUGUAUAUAUAUUUCCCAAUAGACAACUAGACAACCCCAACCCUAACCCCUACAGGCCUGAAGACUACGUAAAACCCGGUCCUGAAAGCCUCAUUGUGCAGUGUGUGCUUUGUUUAAAUGAUCAACUCCAGUCAAAAUCAGGUUCAACUGACCUGUAGGAGUCUAUCAAAAGCAUUCAAAAGCUAUCCGCCAAAGAUUACAUGUCCAUUGCGUCCGCCGCUCCGCAGACCGUAUCAGGGUAGAAAAUGGCUGAGGUAUUCAUGCUGAAGAUUCUCUGGAGACCGUCAGUGCCCUCGCUCUUUCCCUGGCUUGGAAUAGCACUGAAAUCGUGGACUUCAUGCGGAGCAAUCGGAGCGCCGACUACGACGUGGUGAAGAUCCGUGGCAUCAAGCUCCGGCGGGAGGAGCGGAUCCUCUUCGAGUCUGUGAGAAGCUGCCACUGGGGCGCGGUGUCAGGGGUGAAUGUGUUCUUUAUGGUAUGGCACAAAGCCAGAGCAUCGAAGAUACAGCAUGACCAACACCUCCCUGGGUGUUCUGCUGGACUGCCCUGCACUACUUAGGGAUCGACUACCCUAGACACCCAGGACGGAUGGUCCAGGUAG